CGGCACAGAAACGAGUUCACGGCGCUGCUCGCGCAAAGACGUCUGGGAUUGUGGAGGACCGGCUCGAGCGCUUUGAUUUCCGCAGUGCAGCGUGGGAUAGUGGAAGAAGUCAGCGAAACACUCGGAGAGAAAUGGAUGUCUUUCUGAUGAUCAGACGUCACAAGACAACCAUCUUCACGGAUGCCAAGGAGUCGACCACAGUCUACGAGCUGAAGCGGAUCGUGGAGGGCAUCCUAAAGCGAGCGCCAGAGGACCAGAGACUUUAUAAGGAUGACAUGCUGCUUGAAGAUAGUAAGACUCUCGGAGACUCUGGGUUCACAAACCAGACAGCCAGGCCUCAGGCUCCGGCCACAGUAGGACUGGCUUUUCGCAUCGGUGAUGAUGCUUUUGAGCCUCUGAGAAUAGAGGCCUUCUCCAGCCCUCCUGAGCUUCCUGAUGUCAUGAAGCCUCAAGACUCGGGCAGCACUGCCAACGAACAAGCCGUGCAGUGAAGGAGGAACUGAAGAUAAAGGGUUGGGGGGAGGGUGGGGGGGAGACAGCGGGGGUGAAGAGUGUCCAAAACAGCGGACAAGCAAAACACGUGUGUUUAAAGAUGGUGGUGCGUCUUGAGUUACAAAAAGAGGGGGAAAGCAUGAGUGAGAGUGAUCUUGUGUGAUAUUGUACCUUUGCUGGGAAUCUGAAUCGCUCUCCCUGUUCCUCCUCACGUCCCAUCGAGCACUAGCAGCUUACUCUCACUGUAUUGUCGCAAACCCUUCCAAUGUUCAGUGUCUGCUCAUCUACA